AUGGCUUCUUUCCACGUUCGAUCAAAGAGUUUCCCAUCACAAUCUCACCCAAAAGUAAACGAUGUCGAAGAUCAUUUGGAGAGGCUAAAAGCCUCACAAGCUACAUCAACAUCUUCAAUCUGUGCAAACUUGGCUAGCCUUAAAGACUUACAUGAUAGCAUCAAUAAUAUUAUUCAGAUGCCUUCGGCCCAACAAGCGCUCAUUGGUGACGAAGGUCAAAAUUUGAUAAACGAGUUGCUUGAUGGAUCUCUAAUGCUAGUUGACCUCUGUGCUCUUUCUAGAGACAUUGUGCAAUUAACCAAGGAAUCUGUUCAAGAUCUUGGGUCCGCCUUCAGGAGGAACAAAGUCGAGACAGAGUCAUCAGCUGACAUUAGUGCUUAUUUGGCAUCGAGAAAGAAGAUCAACAAGAUGGUGAAAAAAUGCAUCAAGAACUUGAAGGCUUCCAACAAAAACACUACAACACUCUCUCCCAUUGGGACAAUGCUAAAAGAAGCAGAGUCCCUUGAUUUUUCAAUCCUAAAGUCUUUAUUGAUUGUCUUGUCCGGGCAAAACGAGUCACCAGGCGAGAAAAGCUGGUCGGCAUUGCUUUCGAAGAUAACCCAAACCGGACGCGUACAUUCUGUGAUAAAGCAAGAAAGUGAAACCGAUGAUUUGUGUGCAUUAAACAUCCACAAGUCACUAAAGAACACAGACAGCAAAACCAUGAUGAAGCAGUUAAAAGCAUCAGAAAUGAGCAUUCAAGAAAUUGGAGAGUGCUUGGAAGCCUUGUUCGGAAGUUUAAUGAAAACUAGAGUCUCCCUUCUUAAUGUCCUCAGCCAUUAG